UGGAGCAGAGUCUGCGUGUCGCCUGACCGGAUGAUGACUGACUGAAGUUUUAUCACUGUAGUUUUCUAUUCCGUGUUUUCUAUUCAUUUAAAUAGCGCGUCACUGUAGCCCUGUUAUUUAGAAUCUAGUUACGGAGCCUAACCCAAAUCUGACAACAAUCACGUUUUAACAGUCGACUUGACUUUUACGCUUUUUUUCCGUGAAAGGAAACUCCAGUUCGCAAGUGAGAGAGCGCAAAGAUCCGACCCAUCUCUCUCUCUCUCCCUGUCUCUCCGAGAAUCCUGAGUUGAGUCCGCCGGAGAGAAGAGCAGCAGCCAUGGGGAACCGGGGCAUGGAAGACCUUAUUCCCCUCAUCAACAAGCUCCAGGACGCCUUCAGCUGCAUCGGCCAGAGCUGCAACCUGGACCUGCCGCAAAUCGCCGUGGUCGGAGGGCAGAGCGCCGGGAAAAGCUCUGUUCUUGAAAAUUUCGUUGGAAGGGACUUUCUACCCCGGGGCUCUGGUAUCGUGACCCGAAGACCUCUCGUCCUUCAACUGGUCAACAACCAAGCAGAGUAUGCGGAGUUCCUUCAUUGUAAAGGUCGUAAGUUUGUGGACUUUGAUGAGGUGCGUUUGGAGAUUGAGGCCGAGACUGAUCGCAUCACUGGGUCCAAUAAGGGAAUCUCUGCUGUUCCCAUCAACCUCCGAGUCUAUUCCCCUAAUGUGUUAAACCUGACUCUUAUAGAUCUACCAGGGAUGACUAAGGUAGCGGUGGGAGACCAGCCAGUCGACAUCGAGCACCAGAUCAGAGACAUGCUGAUGCAGUUCAUAACUAAAGAAUCCUGUCUGAUCCUGGCUGUGACUCCAGCUAACCAGGAUCUGGCCAACUCUGAUGCUCUCAAGAUUUCUAAGGAGGUCGACCCUCAAGGGUUACGUACCAUCGGAGUGAUCACCAAGCUGGACCUGAUGGACGAGGGGACGGACGCACGGGACAUUCUAGAGAAUAAACUACUGCCGCUACGCAGGGGUUACAUCGGGGUGGUGAAUCGUAGUCAGAAGGAUAUUGACGGCAGGAAGGAUAUUAAAGCAGCUCUGGGUGCUGAGAGGAAGUUCUUCCUGUCUCAUCCAGGAUACAGACACAUAGCUGACCGCAUGGGAACACCACAUCUACAGAAAACACUCAACCAGCAACUGACCAACCACAUCCGGGACACGUUGCCAGGGUUACGUAGUAAGCUCCAGAGCCAGCUUCUCUCUCUGGAGAAAGAGGUGGAGGAAUACAAGAACUACAAACCAGACGACCCGACGCGCAAGACCAAGGCCCUACUGCAGAUGGUUCAGCAGUUUGGUGUAGACUUUGAGAAGCGUAUUGAGGGAUCAGGUGAUCAGGUGGAUACUGCGGAGCUCUCUGGAGGAGCUAGAAUCAACAGGAUCUUCCACGAGAGAUUCCCCUUCGAACUGGUCAAGAUGGAGUUUGAUGAGAAGGAGUUGAGGAGAGAGAUCAGUUAUGCAAUCAAGAACAUCCAUGGAGUGAGAACAGGCCUGUUCACCCCUGACCUAGCCUUUGAGGCCAUAGUGAAAAAGCAGAUCAUUAAACUGAAAGAGCCCUGUCUGAAAUGCGUGGACCUCGUCCUGUCCGAGCUCACCUCCCUCGUCAAGAAGUGUACCGGAAAGCUUGGCUCCUACCCCAAACUGAGAGAAGAGACAGAGAGAAUCGUCACAACCUACGUCAGAGAGAGAGACAUCAAAACCAAAGACCAGGUGCUGCUGUUGAUUGACAUUGAGCUGUCUUACAUCAACACAAACCAUGAGGACUUCAUUGGCUUCGCAAACGCGCAACAGAGGACCACUGCUAUUAACAACAAGAAGAGAGUGAUGCCAAACCAGGUGAUCCGGAGGGGCUGGCUCACUAUCAACAUAAGCAUUAUGAAGGGGGGGUCCAAAGACUACUGGUUCGUCCUGACUGCAGAGUCACUGUCCUGGUACAAGGAUGAGGAGGAGAAAGAGAAGAAGUACAUGCUGCCUCUAGAUAAUCUGAAGCUGAGAGACGUGGAGAAAGGUUUCAUGUCCACAAAACACACAUUCGCCAUCUUCAACACCGAGUCCAGGAACGUGUAUAAGGACCUACGUCAGAUAGAGCUGGCCUGUGACACACAGGAGGAUGUAGACAGCUGGAAGGCUUCGUUCCUCAGAGCUGGAGUUUACCCUGAGAAAGACCAGGUUGACAGUGAGGACACAGGACCAGCAGAAUCCUUCUCUAUGGAUCCCCAGCUGGAGAGGCAGGUUGAGACCAUAAGGAAUCUAGUGGAUUCCUACAUCGGCAUCGUCAACAAGUCCAUCAGGGAUCUAAUGCCCAAGACCAUCAUGCACCUCAUGAUCAACAGCGCUAAAGACUUCAUCCAUUCUGAGUUGUUGGCCUACCUGUAUUCCUGUGGGGACCAGGGCAGUCUGAUGGAGGAGUCAACUGACCAGGCUCAGAGGAGAGAUGAGAUGUUGAGGAUGUACCAUGCUCUGAAAGAAGCCCUGCUGAUCAUAGGAGACAUCAGUACAACCACAGUGUCAGCUCCUGUACCUCCACCUGUAGACGACACCUGGAGGACCAAGGAACCCAGCCCCCCUCCUCAGGCCAGACCAGCCCCGGCCGCUGUCCCCCCUCCUAGUCGCCCCCCGGCAGCAAGAGGCCCCACCGCCGCCCCUCCUCCCUCCAGUCCCCAAAACCCAGCUUUCGGGGCGCCCCUCAUCCCCUCUCGACCCGGACCCCCACCAGUCAACACCUACAGUGCAGCGGACCCUGUCGUCAAUGUCCCCCUGAUCCCAUCUCGCCCAGCCAGGGUACCCCCAGCCCUGCCCCCCGGCAUACCCAGAAGACCCCCAGCGGCCCCAGGCCGGCCCACCAUCAUACGCCCUUCAGAGCCUUCACUGCUGGACUAGACAGACAGACAGACAGACAGACAGACAGACAGACAGACAGACAGACAGACAGACAGAAUGAAUGAACAAUUACCUCUCCUAAUGUCCUUUGACUACAAAAACACACUUUACGUAAUGUUGUUUUAUUCCCUAACAUGUUUCAAGCCUGUCUUUCAUGUCUUAAUAUUCAUAUUGUCAUGUUAUUGUUCUUUCAUGUCUUAAUAUUCAUAUUGUCAUGUUAUUGUUCUUUCAUGUCUUAAUAUUCAUAUUGUCAUGUUAUUGUUCUUUCAUGUCUUAAUAUUCAUAUUGUCAUGUUAUUGUUCUUUCAUGUCUUAAUAUUCAUAUUGUCAUGUUAUUGUUCUUUCAUGUCUUAAUAUUCAUAUUGUCAUGUUAUUGUUCUUUCAUGUCUUAAUAUUCAUAUUGUCAUGUUAUUGUUCUUUCAUGUCUUAAUAUUCAUAUUGUCAUGUUAUUGUUCUUUCAUGUCUUAAUAUUCAUAUUGUCAUGUUAUUGUUCUUUCAUGUCUUAAUAUUCAUAUUGUCAUGUUAUUGUUCUUUCAUGUCUUAAUAUUCAUAUUGUCAUGUUAUUGUUCUUUCAUGUCUUAAUAUUCAUAUUGUCAUGUUAUUGUUAUUUCAUGUAUUCUCUCUUAAUAUUCAUAUUGUCAUGUUAUUGUUCUUUCAUGUCUUAAUAUUCAUAUUGUCAUGUUAUUGUUAUUUCAUGUCUUCCCUCUUAAUAUUCAUAUUGUCAUGGGGUUUUUUUCUCAUUUAAUCAACACUAUGUACUUUUGAUCACGUAGUUUUUUUAUAGCUUUGUUACAAUGUUUAAUACCUUCAACUUUUCAAAGGGAUUGAGAGAGAGAGAGAAAAAUGAAACCUACAUGUUUUUGUUUAACUCUAACUUAACUUUAAUGAACUUCAAACCGGUGGAUCAGACAGAAUUUUAAAUCAAACAGGUUUAAAAUAUGUAACAGAUGUUUGUGAAUACCUAGAAUACGUCUUCACAUGGAAGCAUUAUUCCAUUUAAAAUAACAAAUACACUCCAUAAUUAAUAACAAAAUACUUAGUUCUUUAUACUGUUUUAAAUGUUUCUAACCUUCUUACUGGAUCAUAUGUACAUUUGUAUUUUUAGAUCUGAUCUUCAAUAUGCACUUCAAUAUCUAUGCAGGAAUAUUAUAGUCCUUUCUCGCUCGCAGCUUUUUGAAAUUCAUUUUGAUUAAAUGCUAAUUAUGCUAUAAAAUGAAUUGAUUUCAAUGGAAAAUAGUUAGCUUCAACUGCCCUCACAGUUCACUCAAAGAACAGUGCUAACCAGUCAGGGUUGGUGUCCAUUCCGUUUCAAUUUCAGUCAAUUCAGAAAGUUCCAAUUCUCUUCAAUGCUCUUUAAUGAGGAACAUUUGGAAUUUGGUUUUCUCUCUGAAUUGACAUGGAAUUGACAUGGAAUUGACAUGGAAUUGGCACCAACCCUGUAGUCAAUAGAGAUACCUAGUGUCUCGUCAGUUAUCGAUGUUAGUAGUAGAUAGUUGUAGACAAGGGCCGAGAUUCAAUCGAAGAUGGGUUGUCGAUAAGCUCACUGCACUUGACUUUUAAAAGGUCAUUCAUGACAUCCGCAGCGUUUACCGCAAAUGCAACAUCUCUGCAAACAUCUUGGAAAUUCCCUUUAAAAGGAUCACUGUUGAGAGUGUUGUUUGCUUAUCGCUUCUUUAAUGAAAUCCCGGCUUUUAGCCCAGUCUAUUGUAAAUGGUAGCUUGCUGUCAAUCUGGCCUCUGCUUCCUGAAUAGACCAUUCAAAAUAGACCUGCUUCCUGAAUGGACCAUUCAAAAUGGACCUGGUUCCUGAAUGGACCAAUCAAAAUGGACCUGCUUCCUGAAUGGACCAAUCAGAAACCAGACAGAGGGAAUAGAAUGCCGUUUCAGACUCUUUGUAUUGUUUUUUUUUUAAACAACUUUUUCUAUUUUUCUAAGUGCCUCUUACCUGUGGCUUUCCUAUUGGAUGAACAGAUGAAUGACAUGAUACAUUAACAAAGGAAUGAAUCGUAGUGUGAAGAAGGUGGAUAGAGAUGUGAUAUGGAAUAAUAAAGAGAUAAAGG